AUGUGCAACACCUAUCACAUUCAGAGUGUGAAUAGUGAGAUGUCAGCUGAUUUGAAUGAAAGACUUAAACAGUUUUGGGAUCUGGAUACAAUGGGAAUCACACCAUCUGGCCCAGCAAUGAGUCCGGAAGAAUCAUUAGCACUGAAGAAAGUAUCACAAUCAUUGGCAUAUCAAGAUGGACAUUAUGCAGUGGCGAUACCAUGGAAAGAUGAUCGUCCAAAGUUACCAAACAACAGACAUCUAGCUGAACAGCGAUUGAAAGCAACUGAACGAAAGUUGGCUACUAGUCCAGAAGUAGCAGGUGCAUAUAAAGAAGUAAUCAAUGAAUACUUGGAGAAGGAAUACAUACGAAGAGUACCMAUGGACGAGCGAAAACCAGRAAAUGAGUGGCUUUUACCACACUUUCCAGUAACCAGACCAGAGAAGACGACUACAAAAACCCGAAUUGUAUUUGAUGCUUCAGCAGAGUUCAACGGCAUGAGUUUAAACAAAGUAGCACUUCCUGGACCAAAACURCARACUGACAUUCUUGAUAUACUGAUCAGAUUUCGCAAGGAACUGAUUGCWCUURUUGGGRAUAUAAGCCAAAUGUAUCUCCAAGUAAUUUUGUUACCUGAAGAUCGCCCUCUACAUCGUUUUCUGUGGCGGGAUCUUAACCCACACCAAGAGCCAGAAGURUAUGAAUUCUCAAGACUUAUCUUUGGAGGAUGUUAUGGUCCAUUUUGUGCCCAAUAUGUGUGGCAACGACAUGCUGAGAUGCAUGGACAAGAGUACCCACUAGCUAGUAAAGCAGUCAAAGACAACUGUUACAUGGAUGAUGUCAUGUGUUCAGUGAAGUCAAUCAAAGAAGCCAAAGAAGUUCGUCGCCAACUCACAGAACUUGGUGACAAAGCAGGAUUCCACAUUCGCAAGUGGAUCUCACAGAAAUCAGAAGUGAUUGAAGACAUCCCGGUAGCUGAUAGAGCUAAGGAAGUUAAUUUAGAAAGAGAUGAAUUUCAAUCUACCAAGACUCUUGGAGUUUUGUGGACAGUUCAAGAUGAUAAAAUGACAUUUCAUUACACAGCACYKUCGACAGAGUUUAWUUUCACAAAGCGCAACGUCUUAAAGAAAGUUGYAACURUUUUCGACCCAUUUGGAUUUCUAGCACCUUAUGUUAUACGUGCUAAACUACUGAUGCAAGAAGCAUGGAUGUCAUCUCUGGGCUGGGACGAAGAACUACCAAAUCAUCUACAGAGAAAGUGGAGACAAUGGUUCGAUGAACUGGAGAUGUUAGACAAGAUCACAAUACAACGAUGYUUGAGAAACGACAAAGAAGUAAAGGACAUUACUGUUCAUACUUUCAGUGAUGCAUCUGACAAAGCCUAYGCUGCRGCAAUCUACGCACGACAUGAAUAUGAUGAUGAAACUGUCAGUGUCCAAUUAGUGGCAGCGAAGAGUAGACUAGCACCAGUAAAAGCAGUAAGCAUCCCACGAUUAGAACUCAUGGGAGCGCUAGCAGGACAGCGACUAACAAAGAAAGUAUGCUCAGCACUAGAACUCUCCUUAGACAAAGUCACUUAUUGGGUCGACAGUGACAAUGUUGGAUUCUGGAUGCAAGGACAGAGUCGUAACUACAAACCAUUUGUGGCUCACAGAGUAGGUGAGAUUCAUGAAGAGUCUAACCCCGACCAAUGGAGGUAUGUUCCCACCAAAAUGAACUCAGCAGACAAAGCUACGAGAGGAUUGUCUGCAGAUGAACUGUCUACUGAUGAGAACUGGUGGAACGGUCCCUCAUUUUUACAAAAAAAUCAAGGUGAAUGGCCUACCAGGAAGUUUGGAAGUGCCCCCGAUGCUCAAAGGGAAGUGAAAUCGGAUAAACGAGUAAAGUUUUCAGCUAAUUGCAAUGAAACAGAUCAACAAGAACAUCUUACUUAUCUCGCAGCAGAACGUCAAGAAUCAAGACCAGAUGUAAACAAGUACUCAAAGUGGUACAAGACACACCCCAAGAGGAAGUUAGAGAUUGGCGUCUCCUUAGUACGAGUGGUAGGAUGGAUGAAACGGUUUAUCAACAAUGUUCGGACGAAACCGGAAGAUAGAAACAGAAGUAACGAACUAACAGUAGAAGAGCUGCAAGAAUCAGAGCUACAACUCAUUAAGUCAGCUCAAAGAGAAUGCCUUUAUGAUGAAAUAGAGACAUUAACCAAUCUCAAACCUCUCCCAAAGAAAAGCAGUAUCCUGACUCUCACACCAAUUUUAGUGGACGGCGUCCUUCGUGCUAAUGCAAUAUUACGGUAUUCAGAGGAUUUACAAGAUGAUGUUAAGUAUCCCAUAUUGCUCCCCAAAGGACAUGCAGUAACUAAGUUGAUCAUCAAGUAUCAUCAUGAAACAGAGGGACACGUGAUGGGAGUAAAUUACACGCUAAACCACCUACGAGAGAAGUACAUUUACGGAGAAGCCAUUUACCAACUGCGGAACUGA